AUGCCCGUUUUUUCAGACGCAAAGCCCCUCCGUGUCCUGAUCGCUGGAGCUGGGAUCGGAGGCCUCUUUGCCGCCAUUUCUUUACGGCAUGCCGGGCAUCAUGUUGAGAUCUUUGAGUCUUCUCGGUUUGCGACCGAACUGGGUGCUGCCAUCCAUCUUCCCCCCAACGUCAAUGGGCUGCUGCACCGUGUUGGCAUCAACCCAGAAGAGUUCAACUGCAAUGAUGCCGAGUUUGUCACUGUCUACGACUCCCAGGGAAACGUUGUCAGCACCAAGGAUGUGAGGAAUCUCCGAAAUGUCUACCCUUAUCCGUGGAAACUAAGUCAUCGCAUUGAUUUGCACGAGGCUUUGAAGCACGCGGCUGUGACUCCGGACGGUCCUGGAAGGCCUGCUGUUAUUCACCUACGCAGCAGAGUAGUCGGAUGUGACUGCAAUGGGCCUUCGUUGAAACUCGACGACGGCCGAACCAUUACCGGCGAUCUUGUAAUCGGCGCAGAUGGCGUCCAUUCCGCCCUGCGCCGGAUCGUGGCCCAGGAAGAUAUUGCCCCAACACCGUCCGGUGGGAGCGCGUUCCGAUUCCUGAUUCCAAUUUCCAAAGUCGAAGAGAACCCAGAAACGCGACAAUUACUUGCACGCCCCGGCGAACUGCAGCUCUGGGAUGGGACCUACCGGAGACUAGUGAUCUAUCCUUGCCGCAAUAAUACGGAGCUCAACUUCGUAUGCCUCCAUCCCGACAAAGAAAGCGAGGGAAGCAAAGAGGGGUGGAAUAACGCCGCCUCCCUGGAGCAGGUCCUCAAGGUCUACGAUGAGUUCUGCCCCCCCAUGAAAGCCCUACUGCGCAUGGUCAACCCCGAGGAAAUCAAGCUGUGGAGGCUUCUCGACCGAAAGGCGCUCGGAACCUGGAUUUCAGGAAGCAGCUGUCUCAUUGGCGAUGCUGCUCACCCUUUUCUACCGCACCAGGGACAGGGAGGUGCGCAGGCCAUUGAAGAUGGCGCGGCACUCGGUGCUCUAUUCCCACUCGGCACAAAGCCAGGAGAUGUUCCGUCUCGGUUGGAGCUCUAUAUGAAGUGCCGGUAUGAUCGGGCGACGAUGGUCCAGAACUAUUCGCGGCUCGCAGCGUUCAAGACAAGCCCUGACGACAAAGUCGGCGGUACAUCAACCGAUCCCCUGGAAUUUUCCCGCAUCAAUUUUGGACAUGACGCAUACGACUAUGCAGAGAAUGUCUUGCUUAAGUCACGAGCAUUUGGGGCGGUUCAUCGGGGUCCUCUUACGACGGUCUUCGGGCCCUCACAACUGCCCACGCUCGCUUCUGCCCUGUCAGGGUUGCCGUCACUAAGGGUCUCAUUUCGGACCCGCCGAAAUUAUUUGGAGACUUUCCUCCCCAACUCCGGGUCUUCGAUUAGAGCCAUGGGAGGUUGGGCCACCGCGUCGCUCGUCUUGACUCGUCACAGUGCGAAGCACACCAGUCUAGCCCUGUCCAUCCCCGACGCCAUCAUCAGUUCCAGCAGCAAGGAAAUCGAGACUUUCACUCCCAUAAUCCUCGACAACGAUAUUGAUAGGGUCGCUUUCGGCACCGAGCAAGGGCUACCAGUGUGCUACGCCGAAAUUCGGGAAUACAAUCUAGGCGAUAAACGCCUGCUCACUGUCGGACGUGGCGAAGACAUCUUUAUCGGCAUUAUCGUUACGGUGGCCAUCAAGAAAGACGCGCAGGUCUUCUUCUCGAAGCUCAUUGAGGCUGAGUUAGCUGGCAAGUAUCCAGCACUGGCGCAUGUUAUCGGGAGGAUCCAGAAGCUGGAGGUUUCGGAGGUGGUUGACGUCGUUAGUACCAGUGUUAGGAAUGGUGCACAGUAG